AUGCUACCCAGUUCACCAGGAGGUUCACGGUUCAGUGGAAUCGUUUUUCAGGGCGCAGACGACGACAAUGUUACCGAAAUAUCGGACUACUCCGAUUACAAAAUAUGGCCGUCGUACCAUUACGAAGAUGAAGCUUCAUGCUACGAGGGUGAAGCGGAAGCUGAAGAGUACGAUGAGAAAAUAGAAGACGAAGAGGAAACAGGAAAAGAAGAGAGGGAGAGGUUGAAGCCGCAGGAGCUGAUCGACAUAUUCGCGGAUCUAGUUCUGCAGUUUCGCGACAAAAGAGCCGAGAGAAUCGCUGCCAAGGCUGAGGAAAGGAAAGAGAAGCUGCGACAGCUAAUUGGCUUGAAGAAGAAAACGGAAGGUUCCGAGGAAACUUUAAUCACGCCGGAAGAAGAGAUCGACGAUGACGGCACCGUGUUGUCUUCGGACGGUUCUCUUUAUAACUGUCUAAAGGACAUCGAGAUCAGCAACUCUCAGUUGAAACUGCGCGAUCUUGACGUCGCGUUUCCGGUGCCCGAUGAUCCUGGCGUGAUACCUGCGUUCUGGAUCAUCCGCGAUCACUCGGACAGCUACACCGACUGCGUGGAUCUGUUCGUAGACCUGGUGAAGCGGGCCAAGAUUCAACCUAUAAAGGCGGUCGAGGAGAUGUUGCUAUCCAAUAAAAUCGGUCUGCAGUAUUACGGGAUCAAUCCGAGGAUCGUUAGACCUCUCUGCGAAGCUUUGAUGUCCAACCAUACGGUGGAAGUGAUCGAUCUCACGGGGAACUGGCUCUCGGAGGACGCCUGCUACCAUCUCAGUGAUUUGCUCCAGAAGAACAAUAAUAUCCACACCCUGCUGUUGGCGGGAUGUCGCAUAGGGCCAAAAGGUGCCUGGAGGCUUCACGACGGGAUUAUGGAUAACGCAACAUUGACCAAGUUGGACUUGUCUGAUUGCAAUAUCGGCGCUGAAGGGAUGGAAUAUAUAGGAGCCGCGGUUUGCCAAAAUCGCGGCCUAAUGGAUCUUUCUUUGAACGAUAACCAUUUGGAUGAGUCUUGCGCGAACCAUCUACAACAGUUGAUCACGUCCUCCGAUACACUCACUUGCUUGAGGCUGUCCUGGAAUUCUUUGUACACCGCAGAAACAUGGAGCAAAUUGUGUAGGGCAAUUGAAGUGAGCGACACGCUGGUGAACCUUGACUUAUCCUGGAAUGCCCUGGGCCAGGAAUGCGCGAACCAUCUUCGGUUGUUGUUGUCCCGUUCUCCACUUCUGAAGAAACUGAAUCUGAGAGGGAACAGGUUUAAAGACAAAGAUGCUGCGAUCAUUGCUAAAGGCUUGUCGAGGAACAAAGUACUCGAGAAGCUGUAUUUAGGUGACAAUCCUUUGAAAGCUGAUGGAGCGAUUACGCUGAUUCGGUCAGUCACUCCGCAAAUGACUCCGGAAAGCGAGCUGCGCCUUUUGGAUUUGACCAAUAUCUGGGCGAAGAAAGACGUAUUGGUUGAGCUGCAAACAAUUGAAGAGAGCAGGCCCUGGCUUAAAAUUAAACUGGGAGGAAUACUAAGCAAUUAUGAAAUUAAGGGUCCGAAUGUGGCAAUGUUGCUUUUCAAGAGAGCUAACUUCGAGGCGAUGAGGCCAAAGAGGAAAAGACAACGCAAAAAUUUCGGUCACUUUGUGCUUUCUCUGGAGGAGAAGUCUGUUUCUAGAACAGGCUUUAUGGAGCUUGUAAAGAACUUUAAACUCAAGUUAUCUCCAACUUUGGUAGAAGAGAUUGCUAAGGAAUUUAUUGGCCCAAAGAAUACUGUAGAUCUAAAACUAUUGAAGUCAGUUUAUAUGAAACAAUAUCCAGAGACAGAACCUCUACCAGAAAAGCCUGAAAAGAAGAAAAGAAAACGGGAUAAAAGCAGCAAGUCAGAAAAGAAGAAGCAAGUGAAGAUAAAAGAGAACAACAGCAAAUAA